AUGGCCAAUAUUCAAGAUAAAUUGGUGAAGCACGGAUGGUUUAAGAAACCGCUUGGAAUAGCGGCUCCUGUUGUUCAGAAUGGAACAGAUAAUUCUAGUCCUUGUGCUGUGUCUUCAGUUCCAGCUAUUAGAGACUUGAAAUUAGAUCUAGGUGGCAAAGCGUUGGAAACCAAUGAUCAAGCUACUAAUGACAUUGUAGCUGCCGCACUUAAUUUAAUGACACCCACGAGACAAGUUUUUCAGCCCACUAAUGGUCGAGGUAUUUUUAAUAAGACCAAUAUUCAAGAUGGCCUAUUGAAGGUUGGAUGGACUAAAAAGACUAAUGAAGUUGUAAUCUAUGGUCUAAGAUCCACUGACAAGGUCGAGCCAGUUUCUGAAGGCACUGAAAACCUUGAGGUGUGGUUGAAUAAUUACCAUGAGGGUAAACUGAGCCAAACAUCUGAUACAAAAUCUACUGUAGGUAAUGAUGUGGCUGGAAUACUGGAAUGGGUACAAAGAAAGGAGCAGACUGUUUCACCACGAAAACGGCAGCAAGUAGUGGUUGAAAAAGCAGAACUUCGAAAGAAUCUGUUAUCCAAAGGCUGGUAUUCAACAACUGGUAGUUUACCUGUUAAAACCAAUACAAACGCAUCUGUAUCUCUCGAGGGAGAAGGAGAAUAUCCUGCAGGCGUCGACAUUGGACAUGACGUCCGUAAGCUUGAUGGUGAUAUGGACGGCAAACCCGAGUAUGUUGAACAGAUAUUGAACAUGGUUUCAAGAAAGAAACGAUUAAGUCAUCCAGCGAAACAUCGAGGAGCAAUGAGUAAAACUGAACUACGAGAACAUCUCCUUUUGAAAGGCUGGUAUAGACAAGCUGAUAAUUUUCCAUCAAAACCAGAUGAGGAUACAAACUUCGUGAUCAACCCUGAUUGUUUACAUGACGAACACUUUGCUGAUCCUAAAGGAACAUCUGUCGACAAGAAAGAAAACAUUUCCUGUUCAGAAGGGCAGCAAGGGGAAAGUAACGAACACAUUUCUAAAGACGAAACAAAAGAUGUCCAUUAUAAUUGCAACAUUGCUGAUCCAGAAGGAAAAUAUGCCGAUGAUAUUGCUGAACAAAAAUUAACACCAACUGAUAACAAUGAUAUAGAGGGUACAUCUACUGGUGAUAUAAAUAGAACAAAAACCACUAUCAAAGAAAAUUUGGCUGAUCCAGAAAGUAAAUCAGAUGAUAUUAAAGAUUAUAAUGCUACACCAAAACUGACGGAUCACGAUAUUUGUAAUUUUUGGAAAGAAGGGGAAUUUGACAGAUUUGGAGACAGAAGAACUAAGCGUCCAGAAUUUCAGCCAAAUCAGUCCAACUUCAUAACUACCACAGUUGAUAAACCUGCUGAGAUUAGUGAGAACAAUGAUAAUAUGUUGUUAGACGAUCAAGACAAAUCUGAAAGUAAAUAUGAAGAUGAAAAGUCUAAGAAAUCGAAUCCUCAUGAAAAAGAAAUAAAUAGUUUGCUACAAGAAGGUUGGACAAUGGUGAAACCAUCUCGAUACCAAGUAACAUUAGUAAAGCUUCCAGAAAGAGAACAUCAUAAGACUUGCAUCACUGAACCAUUGUCUGAAAGUGACGGAAGUAAAGAAACAAAGCCUGGAAAUGAUGAUGUGGAAACUAAAGUAACUGAUUCCUCCAACAACACCGCACGUCUACGUAGAUUCUUACGAAGAUCUAGAAAAAUGUUAAGAAGAAUGUUCACAUGUGGCAGGAGUGAAGAAUAAAAAAGAGUUCUCAUAACUGAAGUUUCUGAUGUUCAUAUCAUAUUUGUUUCUUUUCGAAACUUCAUUUUCAUAUAAGAUUAUGAAUUUGAAAUAAUUGUAUAUCACCCUACAAUUGAUGUAUUGAGCACUGAAGAUAUUUUAUUAUUGUAAUAUUAUAAAUUAUUAUGAUUU